GGAGCAGUGCCCAGCGGAGGCACCAGACGGCGGAAUCGACGGCACCAUGGCAGCCUCAGCCUCAGCCCCAGUCGCACCGGGCACCGGCCGAGGUGACAGGGCCAGCGGGGCUCCCCAUGCCCCCCUGAGCACUGCCACCGGCCUGGCGCUGCUCCUCUCCCUCCUCUUGCUUCUCCCCAGCUCCCUCCAGGAGCCCCGGGGGUCAGGGGGGCACGCGGCCCCCCGGCUGCCCCGCAUGACGCCGUUCUGGAGGAUGGUGGGCAGUAGACCCCUUGGUGCCCACUGCCGGCACAGCCUCGAGUGCGUCACCAGGGCCUGCAGGGCCAGGCGCUGUGCCCCACCACAGUAUGAGUGCUGACAGCCACUGGCAACCCCAGGAAAGUCCACCCUGCACUGGGACCACCGGAGACCAGGGUGCGCCAUGUCCUCACUGCCGAGACAGGACUCCUUGGCAGCAGCAUGCCCCGCGGAGCUGGGCUGGGGAAGGACUGUGCCCCCGAGCUCCCCGGGGCAACGCUGUGGCUCAGCCGCCCCAGAUGCUCUGUGCAGGCAAUAAACUUGCUGCCCCCUU